AUGUCCGCAGCAGAGGAUGAUUACUAUAACGAAGAUCCCUAUGGUUACGAGGAUGAAAACUCUCCAAUCACUGCGGAGGACUCAUGGGCCGUCAUCUCAGCGUUCUUUAGGGAGAAGGGGUUAGUAUCUCAACAGUUGGACUCUUUUAACCAGUUUGUUGAUUAUACUUUACAGGAUAUUAUUUCGGAGGACUCUACGUUGAUCUUGGAACAAUUGGCGCAACACACGACCGAGGCAGAUAAUAUUAGUAGGAAAUAUGAGAUCAGUUUCGGAAAGAUUUACGUGACUAAACCUAUGGUUAACGAAUCCGAUGGUGUUACACAUGCAUUAUACCCACAGGAGGCUCGUCUGCGUAAUUUGACCUACUCUUCAGGUUUGUUUGUCGAUGUUAAAAAGAGAACAUACGAGGCUGUAGAUGUUCCUGGCAGAGAAUUGAAGUAUGAAUUGAUCGCAGAAGAAUCGGAGGAUGACAGUGAGAGUGGGAAAGUGUUUAUUGGACGUUUACCUAUCAUGUUGAGAUCCAAGAACUGUUACUUAAGUGACGCUACCGAAUUAGACUUGUACAAAUUGAAGGAGUGUCCUUUUGAUAUGGGUGGUUAUUUCAUUAUCAACGGAUCCGAAAAAGUCCUGAUCGCACAGGAACGUUCCGCAGGUAAUAUCGUCCAGGUCUUCAAGAAAGCCGCUCCAUCACCUAUCUCACAUGUUGCUGAAAUCAGAUCCGCAUUAGAAAAAGGUUCUCGUUUCAUAAGUACAUUGCAGGUUAAACUUUACGGACGUGAAGGUAGUUCGGCUCGUACAAUCAAGGCAACUUUGCCCUAUAUCAAACAAGAUAUCCCAAUCGUCAUCAUUUUCAGAGCCCUUGGUAUUAUUCCUGAUGGUGAAAUAUUGGAACAUAUUUGUUAUGACGUGAAUGAUUGGCAAAUGUUAGAAAUGUUGAAACCAUGUGUGGAAGAUGGGUUCGUUAUCCAGGAUCGUGAAACUGCAUUGGAUUUCAUCGGCCGUCGUGGUACCGCUCUAGGUAUCAAGAAGGAGAAGAGAAUACAGUAUGCAAGAGAUAUUUUGCAAAAGGAGUUCCUACCGCAUAUUACACAACUAGAAGGUUUCGAAAGUAGAAAAGCUUUCUUCCUCGGUUACAUGAUUAAUAGAUUAUUACUUUGUGCAUUGGACCGUAAGGAUCAGGAUGACCGUGAUCAUUUUGGUAAGAAAAGAUUGGAUCUGGCUGGUCCAUUGUUAGCCCAACUUUUCAAGACUUUGUUCAGAAAAUUGACAAAGGAUAUUUUCCGUUACAUGCAAAGAACUGUCGAAGAGGCAAAGGAUUUCAAUAUGAAAUUAGCUAUCAACGCAAAGACGAUCACAUCUGGUUUGAAAUACGCAUUGGCCACUGGUAACUGGGGUGAACAAAAGAAAGCCAUGUCUUCUAGAGCCGGUGUCUCUCAAGUGUUGAACCGUUACACCUACUCGUCAACAUUGUCCCAUUUAAGAAGAACUAACACUCCAAUUGGUCGUGAUGGUAAAUUAGCUAAACCACGUCAAUUGCAUAAUACUCACUGGGGGUUGGUUUGUCCUGCAGAGACUCCCGAAGGUCAAGCGUGUGGUUUGGUUAAGAAUUUGUCUCUGAUGUCAUGUAUAUCAGUCGGUACUGAUCCAAUGCCAAUCAUCACUUUCCUGAGUGAAUGGGGUAUGGAACCAUUGGAGGAUUAUGUUCCUCAUCAAUCACCGGAUGCUACCCGAGUUUUUGUGAAUGGUGUCUGGCAUGGUGUUCACAGAAAUCCAGCAAGAUUGAUGGAAACUUUGAGAACCUUAAGAAGAAAAGGUGAUAUUAAUCCAGAGGUCUCCAUGGUUAGAGAUAUUCGUGAAAAGGAAUUGAAGAUUUUUACAGACGCUGGUAGAGUCUAUAGACCACUGUUCAUUGUGGAAGACGAUGAAACACUUGGGCAUAAGGAACUAAAGGUUAGGAAGGGACACAUCGGUAAACUGAUGGCAACAGAAUAUCAGGAUAUAGAGGGUGGUUUCGAAGAUUCUGAGGAUUAUACCUGGUCUUCGUUGCUAAACGAGGGUUUGGUAGAAUACAUUGAUGCCGAAGAAGAAGAAACCAUCUUGAUUUCGAUGCAACCAGAAGAUUUGGAACCUGUACAGGAAGCUCACGAAUUUAAUGAAGAUGAUGAUUUAGCGAAGCGUAUUAGAGCCACUCAGCAUGCAACGACCUUUACUCAUUGUGAAAUUCAUCCAUCCAUGAUUCUCGGUGUUGCUGCAUCCGUAAUUCCAUUCCCUGACCACAACCAAUCUCCACGUAACACCUACCAAUCGGCUAUGGGUAAGCAAGCUAUGGGUGUUUUCCUGACCAACUACAAUGUCCGUAUGGAUACCAUGGCAAACAUUCUAUACUAUCCGCAAAAGCCAUUGGGUACGACACGUGCUAUGGAAUACCUUAAGUUCAGAGAACUACCGGCAGGCCAAAAUGCCAUUGUCGCCAUCGCUUGUUACUCUGGUUACAACCAGGAAGAUUCUAUGAUUAUGAACCAAUCUUCGAUCGAUCGAGGAUUAUUCAGAUCACUUUUCUUCCGGUCUUACAUGGACCAAGAAAAGAAAUACGGUAUGUCUAUCACCGAGACAUUCGAAAAACCACAACGCACAAACACUCUAAGGAUGAAGCAUGGUACUUACGAUAAGUUGGAUGACGACGGUUUGAUAGCACCGGGUGUCAGAGUCUCAGGUGAAGAUAUUAUCAUUGGUAAAACUACACCAAUAUCACCCGAUGAAGAAGAAUUGGGUCAAAGAACAGCAUAUCACUCGAAGCGUGAUGCUUCAACACCAUUAAGAAGUACUGAAAACGGUAUUGUUGAUCAAGUCUUGAUAACAACCAACCAAGAUGGUUUAAAAUUCGUCAAGGUGCGUGUAAGAACCACCAAGGUUCCUCAGAUUGGUGACAAAUUCGCCUCUCGUCACGGUCAAAAAGGUACUAUUGGUAUCACUUACGGUAGAGAGGAUAUGCCAUUCACUGCUGAAGGUAUUGUACCAGAUCUAAUCAUCAAUCCCCACGCCAUUCCAUCUCGUAUGACGGUCGCGCAUUUAAUCGAAUGUCUACUUAGUAAAGUGGCAGCAUUAUCUGGUAACGAAGGUGACGCAUCUCCAUUCACCGACAUUACUGUGGAAGGUAUUUCUAAGCUUCUACGUGAGCAUGGUUAUCAAUCUCGUGGUUUCGAAGUCAUGUACAAUGGACAUACUGGUAAAAAGUUGAUGGCUCAAAUCUUCUUCGGUCCUACGUACUACCAACGUCUAAGACACAUGGUGGAUGACAAGAUUCAUGCGAGAGCACGUGGUCCUAUGCAAGUUUUGACAAGACAGCCAGUUGAGGGUAGAUCUAGAGAUGGUGGUCUCAGAUUCGGUGAAAUGGAACGUGACUGUAUGAUCGCACAUGGUGCCGCGGCCUUCCUAAAGGAGAGACUGAUGGAGGCAUCAGAUGCCUUCAGAGUUCACAUCUGUGGUAUUUGUGGGUUGAUGAGUGUUAUUGCCAAAUUGAACCAUAACCAAUUCGAAUGUAAAGGUUGUGACAACAAGAUUGACAUCUAUCAAAUCAAUAUUCCAUAUGCUGCCAAACUGUUAUUCCAAGAGCUAAUGGCAAUGAACAUUACCCCCCGUUUGUACACUGAUAGAUCCAAAGAUUUUUAA